AUGCAGGGGGCCAUUGAUGAAGUGCGGGCAGGCAGGCUCUCUUAUAGGCAGGCAGCUGUCCAUUUUGGGGUCCCCAAGUCCACCCUGCGAGACCGAGUCAGUGGGAAAGUGGCCUCUGACAGCACCUAUGGUCAGAAGCCACUUCUCUCUCAGAACGAUGAGAAUGCGCUGGUGGAGUACUGCCUGUACUCCGCCAGCUUUGGAUUCCCACUGACAAAGUCACAGGUGGUGACCCACGCUCUGGCAAUUUUCAACCGGCGCCACCCACAAACACCAAAGGUGACGCUGAGCCAGACGUGGUGGGUCAACUUCAGGGAGAGACAAAAACAACGGCUCACCACCAGGACCCCAGAUAUUAUUGACCGUGGGAGAGCAUCCUGUGCGAAGAGGGGGCCUGUCGAGGACUAUUUCAAUCUACUGUCCUCGACAAUGGACAGGUACGGGCUGAGAGGGAAACCCCACUGCAUCUACAACUGCGACGAGACGGGGUUUCAGCUGGACAGCCAGAGGAGGAAAGUCGUCGUGCCCCGGGGUACCAAGCACACUAUACAGACAGGCUCCAGGCACCAGGGAGCAUAUCACCGUCCUGGCCUGUUUAAAUGCGGCUGGGGAGGAUAUCCCCCCAUUCAUUAUCUACAAGGGGGGAUAUCCGGGGGGCCCUUAUAA